AGGAGGAGGAGACGGCGGCGGAGCUGGCUGCGUUCUGCAGAGAUAGCCUGAUUCCUUUGUCUCCUCUUGAGGUUGUGGAAGAAGAAAGAGAGAUAGAAAGAGCCCGAAGAGGCACUGGGAGUUGCGGAAGUGAAGCCGCUUAAUUGUGUGAUAAUGGAGGAAUAUGAGAAGUUUUUUGAAAAAAGCCUUGCCAGAAUCCAGGAAGAGUCACUGCCUAAAGAAACUUUUCCAGCUGGUCAUCUUGAGAACAUUUCACUCAUUCGUUUCCAUGGAGUUGCUGUGCUUUCUCCAUUGCUCAGUGUUGAGAGAAGAAAAGAAAUGCAGCAAGAGAAGCAAAAAGCACUUGAUGUAGAAGCUCGCAAGCAGAUUAGCAGGAAGAAAGCCUUACUGAAUCGAGUUCAGAAGAUUCUGGAAAAUGUUCAGGUCAGAAAAGCACCAAAUAUAAGUGAUUUUGAUCAGUGGGAACCUGAGGCAGUUAACCUUAAUUCAGAAGUCAGAAACUUGGAUGUUCCCACUAUACUUCCAAAAGAGAAUUUGCCGAGUCUUACUGAACAUUCUGCCUCAACAAAGGUUGAAGAGACUAUUGAAAUUUUGCCUGCUGAUACCAUUGCCCAAGUAAAACUGAAUGGGACAGAUUCAGAUAAAGGAACAGGAGAGUGCAUGUCUGACAAACGAAGUGACAGCCCUAAUCCUAAGCUGAUGGGAAAAGAAACUUUUCCAGAGAAAUCUUCAGAUACCUCACAAGAGACUCUGAUUGCUGAUGAAAUCCCCAAAAGAGAAGGAAAAUUAGAGUCCUCCCGGGUUGAAGCAGCCACCUCAGAUCCAUAUAUAAUGAGCCUUCAGAAUCUUAUGAAAAAAUCAAAGGAAUAUAUAGAAAGAGAACAAAUUCGACGUAGCGUGAGAAAUAACUCAAAGAAGAGCAUCACUGAGAGCCACUCGGACAAAGAGAAUGAUGCUGUUAUGAUGAGUGACUCUGGAAAAGAAAACACAAACUGUUUAAGCAAAAGUUGUGGUUCAGUUUCACUUGAUAAGCCAAGCCUUAAUAAAUCAAACAUUCUUCUCCAAAGUGCUACCACCCAGAUGAGCAGCAUGAAUGCUUUAGCUUUAGCUAGCUUCUCCAAAGUGGAUCUACCAGUGGGAAUGGGUACGCCCACUCUUUUGGAUUCAGAAGAAGAUGAAGAUUUUAAAGUCACCUCCACUUUUGAUCCUGAAAGUAGCGUUGUCAAAAGUUUUACAGGUUCCUAUGCCAAGUUACCUAGUCCAGAGCCAAGUGUGAGUCCUAAAAUGCAUCGGAGACGACCUAAGUCUUCAUCAACAGGGCACAUAUUUAUAAAUAAUCCAGUAAAUGCCUAUGAAUUGAGUCCUAAAGAAAAGGGGAGGGCCAUGGAUUUAAUCAUACAAGAUAUCAACGAAAAGACAAAUAUACCUGAGUCUGUGCCAAAAUUUCCUAUUGAUUUAACUGAAGUUUGUUCUAGCAAAGUUCAAGUUCCUAUGGUCAGCAAAAAUGCUUCUGAAACUGGAGAUGAAGAAUCAGUCUUAGGUAAACCAAAUGAAAUGAAUCAACAUUCAGUCAACCAAUUUGAAAACAGAGUCAUUCAGGUAACUGGUACAGUGGAGGGUCAAAUAGCAUCUGAUGGGAGAGAGCCACACAAAAUAGACAAUAAUUAUACUAUAGUUACAGAAUUGCAUGAGCCAUAUGUAGCCAGUCAGUGCAUGGUAAGUCAAAAGUGUGGAAUAAGGAAUGCAAUCAAGCCAACUAGUGUAUUGGAAAAAAACUGUAAUUCACAAAUGGAACUGAAUAAAUCUUAUGAUGUACAAAAUCCAUCUCCACUCCUGAUGCAAACCCAGAAUAAAAGACAACAGAUGGAUACACCAAAUGGACCCUGUGGAAAUGAACAAUUUGUGGAAAACAGUUUUGAGAAGGUUAAGCGGAGACUUGAUUUGGAUGUUGAUGGCUUACAAAAAGAAAAUAGCCCUUAUGUCCUAACAAGUGGAACAGUUGAACAGGACAGACAAUGGAUACGGGAAAAAAGAUAUUCUAAGGGAUCUGUAAUUAUUAACAAGAAUGAGCUGUUAGAAAUGAGUUCCAGAGAAGGAGAAGAAAUGCUAAAAAAUAAAAUGUUGGCUUUUGAAGAAAUGAGGAAGAGACUUGAAGAACAGCAUGCUCAGCAGUUAUCAAUACUUAUAGCUGAGCAGGAGAAAGAGCAAGAGAAAUUACAAAAGGAAAUAGAAGAACAGGAGAGAAUACUAAAAGAGAAGAAGGAAACUACGGCAUUAACAGCUGACAUGAAUCGUAACAAUGCAGUGGAAUUAGAAUGGCGAAAAAUAAGUGACAGUGGCUUAUUAGAAACAAUGCUGUCACAAGUGGACACCCUCCAUAUUGCCAAUUCAAAUAAUUCUGCUUUUACAAAUUCUACCCUACAACAUAGCUUUGCUUCCACAAGUGAAGUACCAUUCUACCUCUGGGGAUCAUCAACUAGUGGUUUGCCCAAAAUCGCAGUAACAAAGCCUCUGGGAAGGGGCAAAACUAGAUGUUCUCAGGUUUUUAGUCUCGAAGUACAAGCAAAAUUUGACAAAAUAACUGCAGUGGCAAAAGGAUUUCUUACCCGUAGGCUUCUACAGACAGAAAAAGUGAAACAUCUUCGGCAAACAGUUAAAGUAAGGGCACUGGAUACAAUGGAGUUUAUAAGAAGUUUUCAGUCCGAAGCACCAUUAAAAAGAGGAUCCGUUUCAGCACAAGAUGCUUCUCUACAAGAAAGAGUAUUAGCUCAGCUUCGAGCUGCCUUAUUUGAUAUUCAUGACAUAUUCUUCAUAAUGGAUGCAACAGAAAGAAUGUCCAUUUUACAUCAUGAUCGAGAAGUGCGUAAAGAAAAAAUGCUUAGGCAAAUGGAUAAAAUGAAGAACCCACGAGCAUCUCUUUCAGCUGCAACACAGAAAUCUCUGGAUAGGAAGAAGUACAUGAAGGCUGCUGAAAUGGGAAUACCAAAUAAAAAAAUUCUUAUUAGACAAAAGCCUUCUGAAACAAGAGUACUUCAGCCAAGUCAAGGACAAAAUGCUCCUAUUCAUAGGCCACUCUGUAGACAAGGAACCCCUAAGACAUCAGUGAAGGGGGUUGAGCAAAGUAGAGAGAAGUCCUCAGACAACAGAAUGCCUAACAGAGUGCCUGUUUCAGGAGCAUAUGCAGGAAAAACCCAAAGAAAGCAGCCAAAUGUUGCGACAAUUUAAGAAGACAGCAUUCGCUAGGAUAAAACAAUGUUGAUUAUGCUCAUGUAUUUUUUUCUACCUAAAAAAGUGAAACAGAAGAUUGAGAAAUGUUCAGUGAUGUAAAGGAAUCCUACACUAAAUCCUUUUAUUUUUUUUUUUCAGUAAUAUUAGGUUUAGGUAGGGAAAGACUUAAUCCAGAAAAAGUACUUCAAAUAUGUGCUUUAAUUAUGUAACCCCAAUUUUGAUAUUUAUGUGUAUAGGCUUGCAAAAGAUGUAUGUUUUCCAGAUUUUAAGGAUAUUUGAACUGUUUUUGUGGAAAAAGAUUGAAAAGAUGUGGCAAAAUUUUUAUCAGUCCUUAAAAUACACACAUUUUAUGUAUAAGGAACUUAUCUGUACUGUAUUUGGUAAACAAAUUUCAUGAUACCUUGUCCUAGGGGGAAAUAAUGUAAAAGCAUAUUUUGUUGCUUUUUUUUUUAUUUUAAAAACAAUUUUCAUUGAAGUUGAGUCCCAAAUUGUAAAUUUUACAGUGGACUAACACAUACUUAAACAAAUUUUGGUUUAGGGAGCAUAAAUUGGAUGAAACUUAUAAUGAAACUUUGGAAUAUUGUUUUUUAGUCACAUAUGCCUAAUUGCUAUUCUUAUGGAUACCGUAUUCCAGUAACAAAUGUUAAAUUUCCUUAUAUAUUACUAAUACUUCUCAAAGCAUUUUCAUAGGAUUGUCACUUCGUUUUAUGGAAAGAGAAUUUUUUGAGAAGAUAGCACAAUCUUCUUGACUAUAUCAUAUUUAGGAAUGUACAAAAUCUACUGUAGUUUAGGGGAAAAAACCAUACAAGUUAUUGCAUGCAAUUAUAUUUUCUAUUUGGGCAGGAUUAUUUUUUUCCAGCCAUCUUGCUCCUUUAUGACAUUCUGCUUUUUCUAGGAUGCUUAAUUUUGGAGAGAAUGAAGGGCUAUAUCUAAUAAAUCCAAACUUUCAAAUAGGGGUUUAUUUUUAAAUGUAUGAAUUAAUGUGUGUUUCUGUGUAUAUACACACAUUAUUAUAUAUACACAAAUAACUGUGUGUUUGCAUAUACACAUACAAGUGAAAUUUAAAAUUUCAAACUAAAUAUCACUCAGAAUAGCAGGAGCCAAGAAAACAAUUUUUUUUAGAGAGAAUUUCUUUGAUUCUUCAUUAAGAUUUUCCAGAUUCUUAAGGAAAAGUCUGUGCUUCUCUCAGAUGUAAAUGUGGACAUUUAAUCUUUCAGAUUAGAAUUAGAAAGAUGUUAUGUUGUGUUGUGUUUUAGAGAGAAUACUGGUAGUUUUGUAAAGCAGUCUACUUAAGUGAAAUCUGGUUUUCUCCAAUUUUCGGCUCCAUUUAAAAAUCACUUUUUGCCUCCAACAGCAGACAAAAAACAAUUUCUCUGGGAAUAAACUUGAUUAUCAUUCUUGGGAUUUUUACAUAAUUUAUUGCCUAAGUGAACCAGAAAAUUACAGGAGAGCCAGCAUAAUGCCCUAGUCAGAUUUCUUAUUAAUAAGUGAAACAUAUCAAAUUGUUUACUAUUUAAAUGUGAUAAGCCUUGUUUUAUAAAAAUCAAAACCUCAGGAUAUUUGCUUACUUAUCAUCGUAGGUCUCUCCAUGGUAAAUAUGAAUUCAUUGUUUCAUGUGCAGCAAGAUAAGCAAUAUGUUUUAGAGAAAUUUAAGUAGUCUUAGAAUAAAGCUGAACACCUUAAUUAUCUUUUAAUUUUAACGUUUGUGUGUUACAUUAUUAUCUAUGAAUUUUAAUUUCCAUGGAUCUUCUCUUAAAAUGUGCCAGAUACUUUUUUUGUGCUUUUGAUGGAUUUUUAUUUAUGUAUACUGUUUUUUAUUCAGUUUUUUAUUUUGAGUGGAAUGCCUAUUGAUUUAAAUUAUAUUUAUUUUUGUACUUGCAGUAAUAUUCACUAGCUUUGCUUCUAGGCAAGCAGCAAAAUAAACUUUUCAUCCUUAAA